AUGGCAACCACCGACGUGAACGAGGACAAUGUGGCGCUGACCGUCAAGGGUCCUAGCGCUCUGAAGCUCACAGUCCAUGUUACGCUGGACAUGACCGUUCUGCAGCUCAAGCAGAAGAUUGAGGAGGCGGACAACGCAUUUCCGAAGGAGAGCCAGCGUCUUAUCUACAGUGGCAAGGUCCUGAAGGAUGAAGAGACGCUCGAGUCCUACAAGGUCCAGAAUGGCCACACCGUCCAUAUGGUGCGCUCCGCAGCGCGCCCCAGUGCGCCAAGCAGCGGUGCGCCGAGCACCCCGGCCGCGGACCCUGCCGCGGCGUCGCGCGCGGCCGAGUCGCAAGGCAUCCCCUCGAGCUUCGCGGCGGGCCAGCAGUUUACCAACAACCCCCUCUCGGCGCUGAACCGGGCCGACUAUGCCGGGCCGCAGAUGGCGAGCCUGAUGAACGACGCCGGGGGCAUGUUUGGCAACUUUGGCGGAAUGAACCCUCGCGACCCGAAUGUCAUGAUGGGCAUGAUGCAGAACCCCGAGUUUCUGCGGCAUAUGCGCGACAUGCUCGGCCAACCGGAAGUGGUCGACCAGAUCAUUGCAAGCAACCCCCAGAUGCAGGCGAUGGGGCCGCAGAUGCGUGAAAUGCUGCGCUCGGAGCAGUUCCGCGAGAUGAUUACCAACCCCGAGCACAUUCAACGCAUGGCGCAGCUGUCGCAGCAGAUGGGCGGCCUCGGCGCGCCUGGCGCUGCGUGGCCCCCACCUGGUGCGUUUGGGCAAGGCGAGAGCACGGGCGAAAAUGGCAGCCGCGGUACAGAGUCGGGCAACGCGCCACCGAACCCCCUGGCAGGCCUCGGCGGCCUCGGCGGUCUCGGUGGCCUCGGUGGGCUCGGCGGUGCCGGUGGUGCCGGCGGUGCCGGUGGUGCCGGCGGCGACCCGAUGGCAAGCCUUGCGCAGCUGCAGCAGCUCCUCGGCCAGCCUGGUGCCGGCGCAGGUGCGAAUCCCUUUGCGGGCCUCGGUGGAGCCAACGCCGCGCCCGCCGACAGCCGCCCGCCGGAGGAGCGCUUCGCGACGCAGCUCGAGCAGUUGCAAGGGAUGGGUUUCUACGAUGCGAGUGCCAACAUCCGUGCGCUGCUGCUCAGCGGCGGCAGUGUCGAAGGCGCGGUUGGUGUGCUGCUCGGCAACUAG